GACGUAAAGGGCGGCUGUCGUGACGUCAUCACGCCAUGCGGACGCACUUGGACUGUGGACCUGGUGUGGACUGUCCCAAAUUAGCGGUCUGUGGUUUAAAACACGCAAACGUCCAAAAUCCUACGUUUUAUGAAGAUGGCGGUCACCCAGGUGUCCUCUAACAAGUGUGCCGGAGGCUUCCAGAAGGUCUUUGAACAUGACAGCGCCGAGCUCAAGUGCAAGAUGAAAUUUGCCGUCUUCCUGCCCCCCAAAGCCGAAACACACAAAUGUCCCGUCAUGUACUGGCUCUCAGGUUUGACCUGCACCGAGCAGAACUUCAUCACCAAGGCGGGAAGUCAGCUGGCGGCGGCAGAGAACGGCAUCAUCAUUGUCGCUCCGGACACCAGCCCACGCGGCUGCAACAUCGAGGGCGAGGACGACAGCUGGGAUUUCGGCACCGGCGCCGGUUUCUACGUGGACGCCACCCAGGAACCCUGGAAGAACAACUACCGCAUGUACUCCUACGUCACCCAGGAGCUCCCCAAACUGAUCAAUGCCAACUUCCCGACCGAUCCCGACAGGAUAUCCAUCAGCGGCCACUCCAUGGGCGGCCACGGGGCGCUCAUCUGUGCCCUGAAGAACCCUGGGAAAUACAAGGCGGUGUCGGCUUUCGCCCCCAUCUGCAACCCCAUGCAGUGCCCCUGGGGGCAGAAAGCCUUCGCGGGGUACCUGGGUCCUGACCGUGCCACAUGGGAGGCGUACGACGCCACCGUCCUGGCGGCGGCAUACUCGGGCCCUCAGCUGGACAUCCUCAUCGAUCAGGGCCGUGACGACCAGUUUGGGUCGGCCGGCCAGCUGCUGCCUGACAACCUGAUCGCCGCCUGCUCCGAGAAGAAGAUCCCCGUCGUCUUCAGGCUGCAGAAGGGCUACGACCACAGCUACUUCUUCAUCUACUCCUUCAUCAACGACCACAUCAAGCAUCACGCCAAGUUCCUCAACGCUUGAGUCAGCCCCGCAUUUCUGUAACGGUCAUGUGACCUUAUUUUCACAAUAAAAGGUCGUGUUUCACCGCUUCA